CUAGAUUCCACAUCGGCCACACACUAUGCGACAUGUCAAUAAACUCAGUGUUGGGCGUUGCUCUAUUACAUUUUGAUAAUCCAAAAUAGAUCAAUUCACUUUCUUCUUAUUUAUUUUUACUGAAAUGGUUUUGAAUUCUUAAUCAGUCUUUCAGAACGACAAUGGUUUAUUCAUUUUCUAGAAUUAUAAGUGGAACUUAUUGCUGUCCAUUCCUGUUCAUCGGGAGUGUAAGGAUGGUGAGGAGUGGGGAGGUGACCCAACACCGAAUGUGGGCAGUCUGUUCUGAUGAAGAGAAGUCAGAGGCAUGGCUCGCUCCGAUGUUCCUUCCAUUGCAGUGCAUUACUAAACCAUUCAACCGAUCGCCAUGAAACUUAAAGAAGUUGUUCCGUACACUCCUGGGAAGGUUUCUGGCAUAGUACUUCUAUCUUACGAUAAUUUUAUAUAUGAAAAGGCCGUUUCCUUUUUCUUCCUCACUACCGAAGUAUUUCUAAUAGCUUUAAUGUGCUUAGGAUGUACAAAACAAAUUGAAAAGUUCAUGUCCGAAUCUACUAAUCGAUUUGCAUUUAAUCUUUAUAAGGCUUUACAAAGUUAUUCAGAAAAUGUUGUUGUCUCACCAAUCAGUCUGCAGAUUAUAUUAGCUUUGGUGCAACAAGGGUCAAGAAAUACUACAGAAGCAGAAAUAGCGAGAGUGCUAUAUCACUCAGAAUCCAAUGCUGUACUCCUCGAAGGCUACAGAUCACUCAUUACAGACUUGCGGAGUCCUGUUUUGAAAAUUGCUUCAAAAAUGUUUUUGGAAAAAACUUCCAAAAUAUCACCUGACUUCCAAAGUAUUGCUUCCAACUACUUCUUGUCAGAUAUCCGAGGGCUGGACUUCAAAGGAAAUCCAGAAGGCUCGAGAGAAAAAAUAAAUGAUUGGAUAGAAGAAUAUACUUAUGAUAAAAUAAAAAAUCUGUUUCCAUCAGGCUCUCUGACACCAUCCACCAGAUUAGUUUUGGCAAAUGCUGUUUAUUUAAAAGCUCUGUGGAAAUAUCCCUUUGACAAGAUGAAUACUAGGGAAGGUCAUUUUUUCAUCUCAUCAAAUGAAGUAGUAGUAGUCCAAAUGAUGGCAUUAGUUCAGGAAUCUUUACCACAUAUGUAUAGUAUGAAAUUAAAAUCUCAAAUAGUUGAAUUGCCAUAUCAGGAAGAAGGAUACAGAAUGAUUAUAAUCCUACCAGAUGAUUAUAAUGGUUUAGCUUCCUUAGAAUCCAAGUUGACUUAUAAUGAUUUCUUCGCUGAGGUGUCUCGACUUGUCCGUAAAGAAAUAGAUGUAUAUCUUCCAAGAUUCAAAGUUGAAGAAAAUAUGGAUUUAGUAAGAGUUCUACAAAAGAUGGGAAUGCCAACAGCUUUUAGUAACUUGGCAGAUUUCUCAAGAAUUUCAAAUGAAUCGUUAAAAAUUGAUAAAGUAACACAGAAAGCAUUGAUUGAGGUAAAUGAAGAAGGCACUGAGGCAGCUGCAGGCUCUGCUUUUUCGUUUCAGCUUGUAUCUCUACCACGACGAAUGCGCUGCAAUCAUCCAUUUAUUUACUUGAUAUUGAAAGGUGAUACAAUUCUGUUUAUUGGGCGAUUGUUAAGACCUCUAAGUUAAGCCGAGAAGAAUCAGAUUGUUUCAUUGAAGUGAUUGAAGAUUUGAUUGAUUAAGAUAAAAAGUACAGAUUACAGAUAAGAUUUGUAUGGAAAAAUAAUUUAUGUUUUGUGGAGAUAUAAACUUCAAAACAUUUUAUUGAUAUUAUUUAUUUAUUUUUGUUAUCUUCUCAUAAUCUUGUUCAAAUAUUUCAUUGAAAUUGUAUUGUUCCGAGUAAUUGAUUUACAAAUUUUAAAAAAUAAAUAAAUAAAAUUGAACACAACGAGGAUCUACAAUUACGAUAUUUUAAUUCAGAUCAUUAUGGAUUUAAUGCAUUUUAAUAUUGUUUCUUAUCAGAAUUUCUCGUAAAGUUCAGCAUAGCUUAUUGCUUAUUUAUGAUCAUAAUUCCUAAACAUAACUGACAUUUUUUUAUAAAAGUGUAUAAUAUAUUUAUAGAUACAUAUGCAC